UGUUGCGUAGUCGGCGCGACCGUUUAAAAGCUCAACUUUGGAUGUUGGAAGUACAGUAUAUAUUGUUGACGUUUUGCCUUAUCCAGAAAAGAACUCUUUGAAACAGAUCUUCAGUUUGUUAGUCAUCGUCAGAGUUUUGCGCCUCUAUUAUUAAACCUAGCAUCAUUUAGUUUUGAGAAUUUUGCAGAUUUGUAAGGUUUCAAAGCGAACGUGUGUACUUGAGUGCGUGUGAUAUUAACAUAUUGUUUUCGUCUGAAAUAGUGAAUACCCCAUAAUGCUCCACUGAUUCGUCGUUUCGACGUUGCCCUUUACAAUGCAUAUGGCCAUAGUUUUAGUUGCAUUUCACUGUCUGAUAUCUACGUCGCCCCUGAAGGAGGUCAGUGCGAUUCCAAUCAAAACAUCUCAACUUAUGGAGAAACGCAGCGCAAUUCCCGACAGGAUAAACGAAGAUUAUCCGGAAUACCCGUUGGGAUUGCGAUACGACGAAUAUCCGAUGAUAGUCCCAAAAAAGCGAACUGCUCUUCUCGUCAAUCGAUUGAUGGUGGCAUUGAAGGAUGCUCUAGAAGAAGAAGAACGAGAGAAAAAUCCAACAAUUUCCAGUGUUUUUGGCAGUUCGGGAAAUCUAUACUCGGACGACGUAAGGACAAUGGACCUUCAACGCAGAGGACAUCAGCCAUCUUUAUCAAAUGGACAAAACAAACCAAGACUUUACUGGCGCUGCUACUUCAACGCAGUCACCUGCUUCUAAAUUGCAUUUUUCUUUCAAGUAAUAUGUCGUAACAUUACUUCUGUUAUUAUUUAAGUAUUUAAAAAAACAUGAUAUAGAUUUUUAUUCGUGCUAGUAUAACAAGUAUUUCACAAAUACAACGGGCAAUCUAUUAGGGAAUCAAGAUUUAAUAUAAUUAUGCUACAUGAAAUACUUGACCUGCCUUGAUUUUAGAUAUAUGCAAAAUAAGUUCCUUACUAUCCUUCUAUUAAUUACUUUAAAAGUAUUUUUUUUUAGAAAUGUGUAUUAAUUUGUUUCAUCUUUAUUUCGUCUUAUAAUGAAAGAGGGAAGAUUUUACUUGCCAAUAGUUUUCUAUUCAUUUUUGUUAUCUGCGGAAAGUGUGUUGAGCGUAUUUAUUUAAUUAGUAUUUAUUUGAUUCCAAAAAUGUCUGCAAGUUGAUGAUAUGAUAAGAGCGUGUUCUCCUUUCCAUAGGUGAAUGAAUGACCGAAAGUAAUAGAAAAAACAAACUGUUGCAAAAUAAAUGCAGUCAAUGAAAAACAAAAAUUCUUCUCGUUCUUGGGUAAUUUUCAUGCACGCAUUUCAAUAAAGAGAAGAAUUAGGAGAACUUGGGGUUUGGGGGAAAGUGGGGUGCGCACUUUAUAGAUUACCAUUACCUCAUUAAUUCAAUACAAAACUGUAAACUUGUUCCUGAGCAAAUUUUAAAUGUUACUGUACUUAAAUGUAUUAUUGAUUUAAUGAUGGACUAUCCGAAGACACUUUCCAUUAAUGAUUUUUCAAGUUAAACGAACGAUUCUUAAUAGAAAGCAAUUCAGAAUCAAAGUAUAGACACCUGCUAUUAUUUAAUCUUAAUGACAAUAGAUAUAAGUACGUUUACUUAAACUAUUAAAACCUCAAUAUACAUGUAUUCAAAUGUAUGUUUUAGCAAUAGUUCUAUAUUUAACUUUCAUACGAAUACUCUAAUAUAUGUAGUGCAAAAGAUUUAAUGGCUAUAAUUUGACAUUGUGAUCGGUCUCAAUUCGAAAAAGCAUUUAAGGAGAGAAUUUGAUUUUAUUAUAAUUUAAAAUAUUUUGACAAAUAUUGAUGAACAAAACAAGUACUUAUUCCAAUCUACCAAUAUUUGUAUCAAAAAUUAAUUCCAAAAUAAAUUAUGCGUACAUUUUGUGGAGUACAUUGGAGACCAGAUAUUCUAAAUAUCGCUUGUUUGUUCUUUAAUGUCAUUAUUUGGGCCUAUUUAAGUUAAUUAAAGGAAAAUGUUGUGA